AUUCAGUAAUUACUUAUUCUUGUAGCUGUACCUUUAUAUGCCUUUUAUCAAUUAAGCCUCCGGUUUAGAAGAGUUGAAUUCUCCCCUUUAGUUCUUGAGAGGUCGAUUGAGCAAGGAUUUGUCCUGACCAUUGGGCAGUAACUAUGUCGGGAGAGAUCUUAGAAAAUGCAGAACGAGGAAACGAUGAAGAGGCGUCGGUUGAUCAAUAUGACGUUUUCCUGAGCUUCACAGGAGACGAUACCCGGCAGGAUCUCACAGAUGUCCUCCAUGACCAUAUGGUCAGAGCCGGACUCCGUGUCUUCAGAGACAGUGACGAGCUCGGAUGUGGAGAUAAGAUCGUCAAAAUUCUACCGGCCAUCAAGAACUCAGACAUAUGUGUGCCGAUUUUCUCCAAAACCUUUGCCACCAAAAAGUGGCCCCUCCGCGAGGUCCAAGAAAUGGUGGAGCUGAAGAAAAAGAUCAUGCCGAUCUUCUACCAAGUCACAGCGAACGAUGUUAAGCUAGAGACGGAAUUAUACACGAGCCAGCUGAAGAAGCUUGAGGAGGAGUACGAUGAAGUGCAAGUGAAGACGUGGGAGGGAGCCCUCAAAGCGGUUCCUGCGGUCAUAGGACGAGCAGUGGGGAGUACGGGCUACACGAAGUUUUGCAAGGCCUUCGUUGAAGAAGUUUUGGUCAACCUGAAACCGAGAAAAAGAUUUGAUAUGGCUCCUUUGGUGGGAUUCGAUGGUAAAUUAGAGUCUGCAAUGAAAUUGUUGGACAUCCAAUCUACUGAUGAUGUACGGUAUCUUGGCAUCCAUGGAAUGGGUGGCAUUGGCAAGACAACUCUUGCUAAGCUUAUCUUCAACAGAAUCUCGGCUAGAUUUGAUGGUAGUGCAUUCCUUGAGGACGUGCGAGAGAAGUUAGCACGUCAUGGUAUAGAAUAUUUGCAAGAAAGGCUUAUAAACAGUCUUGACCCCAAGUCAGCAAGACAAUUGAAUUUACAUGAGAAGAUUAAACGGAGCUUUUGUAAAAAGAAAGUGCUUAUUGUUCUUGAUGAUAUUGAUGAUUGGGAACAAAUCAAGGAUCUUGCAGGAAAUUCUUCAUGGUUCGGUUCAGGAAGCAGGAUCGUUGUCACGACCAGGAAGGUGGACGUGUUGAAAACUGGAGAUGGAAAACUAAACAAAGAAGAUGUUUCGCAUUUGGAGAUGGAGAUACUAGAUUCUAAAGAUGCACUACAUCUUUUUAGUAGAUAUGCGUUUGAGAGAGAAUCUCCUCCUGCUGCUUUUAGAGAACUCUCUAUAGAAGCUGUCUUCACAACUGGUGGACUUCCUCUGACUCUUACAGUAAUUGGAUCACUUUUUGCCACGUAUAAGGAUCCUGAGGUAUGGAAAGACAUCAUAAAGAGGUCAAAAGAUAUGCGACUGGAAGAGGUGAAGGAAAGGCUGAGGAUAAGUUAUGAUAAGUUAGAUGAUGAAGCAAAGCAGAUAUUCCUUGACAUAGCAUGUUUCUUUAUUGGCACCAAGAAAACAAAUCCAGUUUACAUGUGGAAUGCAUGUGAAUAUUACCCACACUUGGGGCUUGCAAUCUUGCGCAACAUGUCCUUGAUAAAGAUUUUGGAUGACGACCAAAUAUGGAUGCAUGAUCAACUCAGGGACCUUGGAAGGGAUAUCGUCUGUGAGAACUUGAAAGAUCCGAAAAAGCGCAGUAGAAUCUGGAUUCAUGAGGAAGCAUUGCAAGUUCUGAAGAGCAGAGAGGAAAAGGAAAGCCUUGAAGGACUGCGACUAGAGUACUACGACCCCUAUGACACUAUUGAUUUGAGAAUGGAGGAGAUUGGAAGGUUAACAAAAUUGAGAUUUCUCUACGUGGGAUGGGCAAAACUUCAACUAGACUUCAAAGAUUGUGUUCCAAAUUUAAGAUGGCUUUCUUGGCGGCAUGGUGCCAAAGCGCCAUCUCCUUCAAAGAUGUCCAAUUUUGCGUCAACAACUUUAGUCAUUCUUGACUUAUCCUCAAGUUACAUUAGUGAAGAGUGGGGCGGAUGGACACAGUUGCAGAAUGCAAAGAACUUGAAAGUUCUUGACCUUACGGGAGCUGACUGCUUGCAAAGGACACCUAAUUUUCCUGAGGGUAUGACUUUGGAGAGGUUAACUCUGAAGCGCUGCAGCAAGUUGGUUGCCAUUGACAGCUCCAUAAGCAAUCUACAUUGCCUCAUGUACUUGAACCUUGAGCAAUGUGAUUCUCUUCAAGGAUUACCCAAAGAAUUCAAUGACCUAGUGAACUUGACCGAGUUGGCUGUAACGAAAACACACUCCACAUCUUUCAGCUUUCCAUCUGUCGAUAAUCUACUAAAGCUCAAGUGUGUGAAAUUGAAUAAUUUACAACUGGGGAAUUUUCGUGGCUCACUGGGCGCACUAAGUUCGAUGGUUGAGUUGGACCUGAAUGACACAGACAUUGUUCAAUUGCCUGAUAAGAUUGGAGGACUGGUGGAGCUUGAGAAGCUGUGUUUACAAAGCUGUAAAGAGAUGCUGAAAGUCCCUGAGGCACUUGGGGAAUUGAAAUCAUUAGUUUCUUUGGAUCUCUCAUCUUCGGGACUGGUUGAAUUGCCUUCUACCAUUGGUAAUCUACAAAAACUUCUGCGCUUACGGUUAUCAGGUUGUGCUGGGAUGAAGACACUUCCCAGUUCACUUGGGGAGUUGAAAUCUCUCGUAGAGUUGGAUUUGAAAGGUACGAGUAUUGCUAAGCUGCCCCCAUCAAUUGGAGGAUUAGAGAAUCUGAAGCUGCUUCUUUUACACAGUUGUAAAGCAAUAAAGGCACUUCCGGACUCAAUCGGAAAGCUCAAUUCAUUGGUCAGGUUAGAUUUAUCGGGGACAGAAAUAACGGCGUUGCCCGACUCUAUCGGAGGCCUACAGAUACUAGAAGAGAUUUAUUUAAAAGACUGCAAAAAGUUGAGAAAAUUACCCGAAUCUUUUGGGGCAUUGAGGAAGCUCGAAAAGUUGGAUGCUCAAUCAGCUGAUCUUUCAAAUGGUCUCCCCAUGAAGAUUUCGGGCCUUUCCUCUUUGAGGUUCUUGGAUCUUUCAUGGUCCAACGUAUGUGCAUUGCCCUCCUCCAUCAGUCAGCUUUCCCAUCUCCACACCCUCAAACUAACUGGUUGUUGCAAGCUCAAAGAUCUGCCCGAUCUCCCGACCAGUUUGACCCAGCUAAAUUUCAGAUCCAACUCGCAGCAUAACUGGCGUCGUCUCUCCAAUCUGACUGGGUUAACAAAUUUGGUUGUGCAGGGCCAUCUCAACGUAGAUGAGAUCGGGAGCUUGUACAAGCUGGCCAAACUAGAAUUACGACUUUGGACUAUCACCAGCCUACCGGCUCAAUUCGGAGCCUUACUUCAGCUCAAGAAACUCGUGUUGGAUUGCCUAAAGCUGAAGGAUGUCCCACAGUUCCCCCCUAAUUUGGAGGAGAUGGUUCUAGAGCGUGCUAGGAGUGAUUUGGAUAUGCCGAAUAUUUCCGGCUUGAAGAAUUUACACACUUUAAGAGUCUGUAAAUGGUCGAAUGGCAGGGCUCUUCAAAGCCUAGGAAUACGGGCCAAAGAUUUGCAGUCGCUAGAUAAUGCCCUCUUGCUGUCCAUCCGCUCAAAGAUCACUCUUGGGCUACAUCUUCCAGAAAGUUUGAGAGAUCUAACUGUAAGGGACUGUCGCGCACUUGUUCGGUUCCCUGACAUCUCAUGCCUGAAGAAUCUACUGAGACUUCAUAUUUCAAAUUGCCCAUGCCUAACCGAGAUUCCAGGCUUUGGGAAACUGAAACGCUUGAAACAUCUUAGCUUCUUUUCCUGCAAUGCCUUGAGAACGUUGGAGGAUCCGUCGCAGCUGAAGGAGCUGGAGAGCGUCGGCUUUCCUACUAAUCUAGAGAUACGAUGCAAACAAGCAUUUAUGAGCGGGCAGCGGCCGCAGACAAAGACUGAAAAAGAUGUUGCUCAGACAUUGGAAUCUAUUUUGGUCUCAGGGGAUCGAAAUUUUGUGGUCACCAAUGGAGGAGCAAAGGUCCAGGUUUCUAAUUUACUGGGAAAGAACAUCGUCCUCUACAUCUCUGCUCUUCAGAACCCUGCCUCGCAUCCUUUGUUUCCAAAGGUUGCCAAAGCAUACCAUGAGAUCAAGGCAAAAGAUGAGGCCUUCAAAGUAAUAUUCAUCCCUUCUGAGCACGACCAAGUUGCCUUCGAGGAUUUGGGCUGGCUGGCUCUUCCUUCUGGUGACCCCAGGAUCUUAUCACUGCGUAAGAAACUUGAGAUCCAGGAUAUGCCAGAGCUGGUAGCUCUAGGACCAACUGGUCAAAUUAUCACUGAAAAAGGCAGAAGCCUUAUAGAAGCUUAUGGGAGUGACGCUUAUCCCUUCAAAAAUGAGCAUAUUGAGAAUAUGGUAAAUGGUUGGCCGGAGAAGUUGCCACAUGCCCUGCAUGACCAUGAGCUUCGACUCACCUUCCGAGUCUCCUACAUAUGUGUUGGCUGUGAGCAAGUUGGAUCUGUAUGGUCAUACUUCUGUAAGAAGUGCGAUUUUGAUCUGCAUCCUUCUUGUGCUUUCAAAGAAGGGAAAUUAGGAAACCAGCAGGAGGACUCGGAGAUUAAUAAAAGUCCAAGAGGCAACCCCAAUUUAUUCAGCAAGAUCAAAAGGGGUGUGAAGAUUGAAGCUGGAAGCUCAAGCUCAUUCAUCGAUCGGGCACAAGCUGAUUGUCCAGAAGUUCAAGCAUUUACAACCGAAAGGGUUAUUACAUAUGGAAAUGGUCCUACCGUUCGUAUUAGAUGUACUGUCAAGAAAAAUGAAGAUGGAAGCUCCAGCUCAUCAGCCGGUCAAUCAGAUAUAUCAGAAAUGGAAUCGUGUGAGGAGAUAAUCGGUGAGAUGGUGAGCAAUGAUGAGGAUGAAGAAUCUGAUAAUGAGGAAGUGGGUGUGAAGAUUGACGCUGGAACCUCAAGCUCAUCAAUCGAUCAGGCACAAGACGAUGAUCUUCAAGCUCUUAUGAAGUGCAUGCUCGAGGAAGAGGACUCAGAGAGUAAUAGGACCCAGAAGGAUACGCAUUCCAUAGAAUCAAUUUGUGAGGAGGAAAUUGUGGACGCUGCCCCUCUAAUGACAUCCCCUGCUACUCCAUCACACUCUCUUGAUUACUCCAGGACUGAGACUGACCCUGCAGCACAUGCAGCUGCCACCAAGGAGACUGAGGAAGAUGAUGCUCAGUCCAACAUGGCUGAGCCUGAGGCUGGGGACAGAAUGGCCAGUAAAAGGGAAGGAAAUGAUUUGGUUGAGGAAGAUGAAGAGGAAGAAGAAGAAGAAGCCCCAUCAUCUGAAGUUAGAGAUGAUGAUGAAGGAGAUGAGAAGAAAGAGGGGGAACAGAUGGAAGUACACGAAGAAGAGGAAGUGAAGGAUGAGGAAGAAAGAGAGAAAGGAGAAGAAGAAGAGAAAGAGGAAGAAUCACCAGAGGAAGAGGACGAAGAAGCAAAUGAAGGGCCUUUUCUUGAUCAGCAAUUGAAUGAUUCGCAUGCUGCUGUUGCUGCCAGUUCUGAGCCUCUGGCCACUGACUAUGGAUCAUACCCCCAGCCUGCUUCGCAAACUGCUGGAUCAUCAUCUUCAGCACAAGGGGUCACAGCAUUCUCCCCUCCUCCCCACACAGUGAGCCCGCUGGCCCGGCUCAAGCAGCUAACUUCUCCGCUUGGGGCCAAGGAGACUUCGUUAGCACAAGAGGUCCCCACUCUGACAGCUGUUGAGGUGGGGAAGGCAAAGAGAGAGCUGCUCCAGGUUUUCCAACGGCCGUUGACUGGCCUUAGCCAGGCUGAUCUGUCAUUGAUUGGUCAGGCUGCUGGCGUCCUGCUUCAAGUGCCUCGUCGAUCUGUCCGCCUCCGAAUGGGACUACAACAGUUGGAACAGACCGCUACUUUGAUCUGGGAGGCUUACAAGCAGGACUCUCUUCCUCUGAGGCAGCCUACUGAUCCCAUACAAGAGUGGGAGGCGGCCCAGGAAUUGGCCUUGGCCCAAGGGGAAAGAGUACAAGAAAUCAAGUCCGGGAAAGUGGCCAAAGCUGAGGAGAUCGAGGUGCUGAAGGCUAAGCUGGCCACUGCUGAAGCAGAAUUCCAACGUCUCCAGGAAGAAGAGGAAGUAGCAAUCACUCUGCUAGUAGGCCAUCUCGACAGUCUAGAGGACAAGGCAGAAGAAGCUAAAGACUUCCGUCAGGUCCAAGCCGAGGCUAAAUCCAAAGUGGCUUUACAUCAGGAGGACUGGGAGGACCUGCUGGAGAUGAUAAAGAGCCUUUGAUUGGAGGUCCAUGUGUUGGCCAACAGAAUAAUUUUGAAGGCCUACUUUAGUUGGCGGCCAAGUAGUGGCCUGUAUAGUAGCCAAAAUAAAAUAAAAUAAAAUAAAAUAAAUAGUGGCCCUGUCUUUUGACUGUGAUUUUCUCUUAUUUCCUGAGACAUUGCAGUGGCCGCCUGGCCUGCUGCCCUUUCUAUACUUCGCUUGGCUUGGCUUGGCCGAUAUCCGACCUGACUUGAUGAAGCUUUAGUCCCUUCCA